AUGGGGCUCAUCAUCGGUGGUCCCACUGGGAACCGCCCCAAGCCAUACAAGGCCAUUGAUCAAAAUUCGGCCUCCUCGGAUCGGGUCUAUCGUUUUGGCAGCACGUCACCCGGUGCCUCCGAUCACUUCAAACUCCUCGAAGCCGACGGCGACUCGUUGUUGGUUGGAGCGAGAAAUGCCGUCUACAACCUCAGCCUCAACAAUCUUGACGUCCACCACACAAUCGAAUGGGCCCCGCCGGCCAACGUCACAGAAGACUGUCUGAUGAAGGGCAAACUGAAGCCCGACUGCGAGAACUACAUACGGGUCUUGGCACGGCAAGGCGGCGGAAAAAUGCUAAUAUGCGGCACGCACGCCUUCAAGCCGAUGUGCCGCGAGUACGUGACGACCCCCGGGUACGCAAAGCCGAAGAGCGUCAGGCAGUUUGAUGGCCAGGCCAUCUCCCCGUACGACCCACGCGACAACUCGACAGCCGUCUAUAUCCCCGAAAAUGACGAGAUUUACGCGGGCACCGUGUCCGACUUUGCCGGCAACGACGCGUUAAUCUACCGGAAGCGGUUGUCGGACAAGGACGAGGGGAUCAGGACACAACGCGAUGACGUUCGCGUCUUGGACUCGCCCAAUUUCGUUACGUCGUUUACCUACAAGGAGCACGUUUAUUUUUGGUACCGGGAGCGAGCCUCUGAGGCGAUGGAUAACAACGAGGAGCGCCAGGUAUACGCGCGCGUAGCCCGCGUGUGCCGAAACGACAAAGGAGCCCCACGACCCGCCAACGAAAAGUGGACCUCCUUCGUGAAGGCACGGCUGAACUGCUCGCUGGCCGCGGGCACCCCGUUCUACUUCAACGAGCUCAAAGCGGUUUCGGAGCCGGUUCCCUCGUCUUCUGAUCACCUUGUGUACGCCGUCUUCACGACGCCGUCCACCCACGUGAGGAUGUCGGCGAUCUGCGUGUUUUCGAUGAACAACAUUCGGGAUGAGUUCCUCUACGGAACGUUUAAGCAUCAGAAGACCGUCUCCUCGCUGUGGUCCCCGUUCGCCAAGUCGGAAAUCCCGAAGCCACGCCCCGGAAGCUGUGUGCCCGACUCGACUAAGUUGCCCGAGGCCACCAUCUCGUUCACGCUGCGCAACCCGUUGCUGCACAAGGCCAUUCAGUCGCGGACCCAGCCAAUUCUCAUCGAGGGCAACGACCACCCGGAGCUGACGCAGAUCGCUGUUUUGCCCGGGGUAACUUCCGUCGCCAACGAGGGUCACGACGUUAUCUUCGUCGGCACCUCCGAUGGGAAAGUCCUCAAGCUGGUGUCCAAUGGCGGAAAGACGGCCAUCAUCGAGGCGGUCAAGGUUUUCCCGAAAGGAAGCCCCGUUGUCAAUUUGCUAACGGCCGGUCAGCAGGGUUUCGUGGCUGUCGUGUCUUCGGAUGAGGUCGCCCUCAUUCCGAUGCACAACUAUGCAGCCCCGAUACAGUAUGCUGGUACCGGAGCGGGCGGUCAGUACACGAUGAACCAUCUGGUGAUCGCGUGUAUCCUGUGCUUUGUACUCGCUGGAGCUCUAGGAUUAUUGAUCGGCUACCGCUUCUCCCGCUCCCAAGCCCUCGAAAACCAGCACCACUCAUCGUCGAGCAGUUCGGGCUCGGACUACGAUAGUUUCGGGCGCCAAACGGCCCGCCUGACCCGGCACGACAGUCUGACGACCACCAACAAGGUCGAGCAGAUCUAUGGGUUGCCGCCGCAAAAGCAUUCCGUCGAUGCGACCUCCCUGGUGUUGUCGAUGCACCCGACGAUGACCGUCUCGCAUUCGCAGGCGGCUUCCGGGGCGACGACACCGGCAAGGGACCGAAACGCCGUGCUCACGUCGCUCAAUCAAUGCACGCUACCACGAGAUUAUAAAGUGAAGAAAGUGUAUUUG